UUAAGAAUCGAUGGAACACAAUUAAUUAUUCUUGUCUCUUAAACUACAAAUAUAGAUCAAACCCUUCCUAUAUAUAAAUUGUUUAAACUAUCCAAUACAAAUAUAAUAUAGCAGAAUCUUGAAGAAUGGAUUGCUGGUCUGCUGAAAAUGCUACCAAUGCGUUUCUCAAAACUCUAAAAAUGGGUGAAAGAGUAAAAGCGCCUGAUGUAACUGAGUUCAUAUCUGCCAUGGCAGCUGGAAAUAAUUCACAGCUCAUGGUGAUGGCAUGCUCCGGCCACCCUGGAUCCAUGCUACUAGGCUUAGUAGCAGCGGCUCAUCAAACGGGUGGCCGGGUAGUGUGUAUGUUACGUAGACAAGAAGAAAUGCAUGCAAUAAAAGAAACAUUAUUAUUGGAGGACUAUGCAAAUUUCGUUGAAUUUGUGGUUGGUCAUGAUGUUAAAACUUUAUUGGCAAGUAACUAUGAAGGAGCUGAUUUUGUACUUAUUGAUUGCAAAUUGGAUGAUUUUCAACAAGUCUUUGAAGUGGCACAACAAGGUGUUAGUGUGAAAGGUGCAUUAUUUAUUGUAGGGUACAAUGCCCUACAUGAAAGACCUAGGUUAAGUUUUGAUCACAAAGGUUAUUUUCUACCUAUUGGAGAAGGGUUAUUAGUUAGUAAAAUUAGGGUUUCAGAAGGUAAAAAGAUUAAUGGUGGAAGCAGGAGUCAUUGGGUUGUUGAGAUUGAUGAAUGCACUGGGGAAGAACAUCUUUACAGGGUCAGUACUUCUCCAAAAACAAAUUGUUCAUGAAGUAGUACUACAACUUUUAAGGUUUAUGAGGAUUAAUUUUGGUGGUAGUAGUGUUCGAGCCAGGUUUUAUUCACGUCAAACAAUCUCACGAGAUACUUGCUAUUUGGUUUCUACUGACACAAGUAUUGAAUUAUCUCCCGUCCAUAACGGCUAAGGUGGAUGAACAGAAAUCACCUGGCCUAUAUCUAUUUUUGCAUCGGGUUAAAUUAGUACCUUGCAUCCCACUUCAUUGACUACUAACAACCUUUGUAGAUAUACAAUUAAAUUUCCAAUCUUCCAUAGUAGUCUAGACUUUGUAAAUUAUUUAGAAGACUUUUUUUUUUUUUUUUUUUAAUUUCUAUGUUUUUGUUUAAGAAAAGUUUGGAAAUUGAUAAAUGAUGUGUAUAUAUAUAUUUGUUUACUAUAGCUUUGACAAGAUCUAUUAAA